CCCCACCAGGAACAAGCAGCACCUGCAGCACCGGCUGAGGGUCCCCGGCAGGGAGGGCGUACAGCACCGAGCACCCUGUCUGCAGGUUUCUAACAGGUUAAGAAGUCAUGGUGUAGAAUGGCUCGGAAGGACUGCAGCCCUGCUGUGACCCUUUUCCUGUAACGGGUCUCUAGUUCUGCGGGCGAUGUCACAGCAUGAGUUCCGCAGCAACGGAGGUCAGCAUUACCAAGUCUCCUCUUGGUCUAAUGUGAAUAAUUCUUCAUCGCCAAAUAUCAAAAACAACAUCGGCUUUAUCGAGGUCCAUGACAUCAGAGUCCAGAAUGACGUCAACAGCCUUGGAAAAUUCACCUUAAAAACGUCUGAACCAGAGCUACGCCUGCAGAAUUUCCGGGCGAUCGGCGAGGAUGACGAAGCGACCCCGGUUGACGUUGGCAUCCCGACUCUGGAAAUCGGUGACCCGGAACCCGUCCAUUGCAGCAAUCACGGCGUGAAGACAAACUGCGCCGGUUCUACGGAUGAAAGGGUUUCGGGAAGCGCCAGGAACCCCCCGCUUCUGUCUGUCCGGAGCGCGGACCACGAUUACGUCGCUUGGAAGUCGUCUACUCUCCCGAGGUCCGGGUACGACGCCGCGAAGCUGUACAGCCCGACGUCUCUGAACAGGAGCGAUGACGUUUCCGACUGCAGCAUCUCCAGCCUCAGCACCGAGUUCUCAACCACGUUAUCCGUCAGCAACGAGGAUAUUGUGGAUUUUCUGGUUACGAGCAACUCGAGCGCCAUCGUGACCUUGGAGAACGACGAGACGCACUUCUCAGAGGUGACGCUAAAUUCCACCAGGGACAGCACCGAUUCCAACCAACGGGGCUUAAUUCACGAAGGAGAUGUGGAUAAUAAAACGAAAAUAUUGGGGCCGCUUAGUAACUUCUUUAACAGGAAUAUAUUUGCUAGAAAAAAGAGCGUCCAAGCAGAGAAACCGAAUGAUCAGGGCUGGAAACUCUUCGGGAAAGUCCCGCAAAAUAACCAGCGGAAAACACAACAGGAAUAUGAAGACAGACUGGGACGAGCUUCAAAGUCUCCCUCCCCAAAGCAGAAUGUGAGGAAGAGCAUGGUGUUUGAACCUCUCUCGACCACGGCCCUCAUUCUGGAGGACAGGCCAGCGAACCUCCCGGCCAAGCCAGCCGAAGAGGCCCAAAAACACAGGCAGGAGUAUGAAGAAAUGGUGGCCCAAGCUAAACGGAGAGAAUUGAAAGAAGCCCAAAGGAGGAAGAAACAGCUAGAAGAAAGAUGUAAACUGGAGGAAAGCAUUGGAAACGCCGCGCUAAUGUGGAACAAUGAAAUCCUACCUAACUGGGAAGCCAUGUCGUGCUCACGGAGAGUCCGGGAAAUGUGGUGGCAGGGGAUACCGCCCAGCGUGCGUGGAAGAGUCUGGAGCCUGGCCAUUGGCAACGAUUUAAAUAUCACCCACGACCUAUUUCACAUUUGUUUAUCUCGAGCGAAGGACAGAUGGAAAUCGCUGAGCAUGGGAGGCUCUGAACUAGAAAACGAAGAUUCGGGGCUGUCGGCAGCAGACAGAGAGGCCAGUUUGGAGCUGAUUAAAUUGGACAUCUCACGCACUUUCCCCAACCUGUGUAUUUUCCAGAAGGGUGGUCCUUAUCACGACGUGUUGCAUAGUAUAUUGGGGGCUUACACUUGUUACAGACCAGAUGUUGGUUAUGUACAGGGUAUGUCCUUUAUUGCUGCUGUCCUGAUUUUGAACUUGGAUACUGCAGAUGCCUUUAUCGCAUUCUCAAACCUCCUAAAUAAACCUUGCCAGAUGGCAUUCUUUCGAGUUGACCAUGGCCUUAUGCUGACGUACUUUGCAGCAUUUGAAGUAUUCUUUGAAGAAAAUCUUCCAAGGUUAUUUGCACACUUCAAGAAGAACAACCUAACUCCGGAUAUCUACCUAAUAGACUGGAUUUUUACUUUGUACAGUAAGUCGCUGCCACUGGAUUUGGCCUGUCGAGUGUGGGAUGUGUUCUGCCGCGACGGUGAGGAGUUUCUUUUUAGGACUGCUUUGGGGAUCCUUAGACUUUUUGAAGACAUUUUGACUAGAAUGGACUUCAUCCACAUUGCACAGUUUCUCACUAAACUCCCAGAGGAAUUAACACCCGAUGAUUUGUUUACCUCCAUUGCUGCAAUUCAGAUGCAAAGCCGGAAUAAGAAGUGGGCUCAGGUACUGUCUGCACUACAGAAGGAUAAUCGAGAUAUGGAAAACAGAAGUCCUGCUCUAAAGCGCUGAAAAUGUUUUGCUUUCUGGAAGAAACAUUUUGUGGAAUGUCGAGGCUUUUGUUACUCGCAUUAACUUAGAACAUAUUCAAAUUCAGGACUGUAUGAAAACACUGGAGUCGGCCUUAAAACAAAAACCACUGGAGCCAAUGUUCGGUUGGCGCUGUUCCUUUAAAACCAUUAUAUUUCCGUGACUUGGAAAGACAUUUUAUAGAGCUCCAAAAGUUUGGUGAAAUCUCUGGGGCAAAGCCUUAGUGUGUGCAGUAGUAUGAAUGGAUCUACGUAUAUCAGCAAGAUUCCCACUUCUAGCGCAAGAACACCGCACGUGCUAUUCCUGUAAAUCACUAAUUCUACAAGAGUCGACCAAGUAGGUAACCCAAACCCGAGUCGGACUCGGGGAAUCCAGGGCACGAGUUUUUGUUGCUGAAGCAUUGUUAAAUGGACCUUAACCAAAGAUAUAUGCAAGAGAAGAAGUAGAUCCAGAUGGAAGAAGCAUCAUUAAUGAUGUUCUAGGUUCAAGCCAACAUAGCCAUAAAAAUAGAGCAUCAUGUUCUCAUACAGCUUGUCAUCGGUUGGUAACCAUCUCCGCCAGCUUGCCUGCUUAUUUAUUUUUGUUACUGGGACCAUCUCCCCACCACAAAUGCUGCUGAGGUGACGAUUAACAUCUUGGAAAGCAAACCUUUCCAUCACUGUCCAGGCGUUUUGUAAGAUGACCACGGGGCCUGUAGUUGUGGUGAACAAAAGGUUCUGUGCUUAUGAUGAUUUCUUGUUUGUUAAAUUGUAUCCUAAUACAAUUCUUUCCAUGCCAGCCUGUCCUUAUCUGGGAAACCUCAUGGCCGUCUCUGAUGUAGGAACUGGUCCAAGAACGCUUAAUAAUCUGAUCUGUUUCCUGGAAUCUCGCAUAGAAAGCAUCUGUACUUGAAGUAAGCGAAGUAAGCACUCGACUCUGGCUUUAAUGAAUUUAAUGCACUGGGGUUGCCCCUACCUAUAAAAGAAACAAUAAAAUCUAGAAGAAACAAUAUCGUAUACUCCCUUUUCUGUUUAUUCACUAGCGGUUUCUUAAACAUGUAUUUCAUGAAAGAAGCUUUAUCUGGAAGUAAAAGCGGCUUAAACUGCUUCUCACGUGAAUACAGAAAAACGCCCGGUAAUUCAAACUCCGUGAACACAUUCCCUGCACCUUCUUACACUGGAAAUUCCUUUAGGAUAGUGGCUUUUUUUGUGUGCUUGCCCCCCGCUGAAGUGUAAAUGAAUGGGCCCAGUGACUGUACGAGUGUCCCCGGCUACUGCGUGCAUUUACCGCCAUUUACCGCCACUGGGUUUGCCGUGGCCAGUAUGCAUGCACUGAUACACCACGCUCAUUUAAGAAUUUGAUUUUCUUUAUCCGGAAUUUCUAUUACUUGUACAUUUUCAGGUACCCAAAUAUCUCCAUUAUUAAUAAAAAAAAUAAAUAAACAAUAAAAUGUAUCGAAAUAAUGAAGCUAUUGUAUUUGAGCUUUGCAGGUACGCGUCUCCGAGUUCUAUUGUGUUCACUUCUGGGCAGUAAUUAUACAGAGCACAAACCAUAAUAAUCACUUUUUGCUUUGUUUUGUUUUUUUUUGUAUUAAACGUGUGACAUGCUGGUAGCGAAGGGCUAAAUUCACCAGGACAGAGCUGCAUAAAUAUGAACAAUCUAACCUCCCUGUUUUAGCCAUACGUGUAAAAGGGCCGGCUCGGCCCCCUCUGGGGAGAAGACUGUCGCUUUCUCAAGCCAUGGUGAAUCUCGCUGAAGGUAUCUAAAGAGCUUCUAAUAGUUACUCAGCGUGGGGUCGCUUUGCAAGAGACCCUUUCUCAUGUUCAGCUGUAAGGGGCAGCAGCUCUCCUUAUCCAUGGUGAAUUCAGCCCGGCGAUCUAGUCUGUGCAGGCUGUUUUUGGUUGUGAAUACUAUAAAUUGAUAUAAAUCUGUUAUGUUUUGUAUAUAUGUUGUGGUAUAUGUAUAAAAAAAAAAAAAAACGGCAAUGCAAUAUCCCAUUUUGCACAAUUUGCAGGCGUACGGUCAAUAAAUUUUGCACACCAGUAAUAACAUUUUGUAUUGGGGUUCCCACUUAUGAUGUAUAUUUAUCCAGCUAGUACCAUACCAAAUAUUUUAUUUAAAAAGAUUAGAAAUCUGAAUGUCCAAAUUCAGGGUUUGAGAACAUACGGCCAGUAAAAAAUAAUAAUAAUAAUAAUAAUAAUAAACCGCUUAAACAAGCAUUUUCUUGCUGUAUUAAUGUACACAUUUCUGGCGGCAGGAAUGACCUCUGCGAGUUCAGUUUGUCCUAUAGACCCUCCGCCUAUAGCUUUUAAGCACAGAUUCCAUAGCUGCGGACAUCUCUCACAUUGGAGAACGGAUGUUACUUAUAUAAAAAAAAAAAUAUUGGCACAGAGUUUUAAAAUGUGUUGCCAUAGCAACCAAUGGAUUCAGGGAGGAUUAUUUCAUCGGUUGCUAUGGUGAGAACACCACUUUGCAAACUUUGCACCAGAAUCACAUAUACUCAACAUCCGUAAAUGUUAGGAAGCCGGGGCCGGAGUAGAAUAUUAUUUAUACAUUGGGUAACGUGUUAUAAAGGAUAUUGGGCAUUAGAGUCAUGCAAUAGUUAGCAACGCAACACAAAGAGAGGGUCUUUACUAGAAAAGUCCCCAAAACCCCUUUUUCUCUUUUAAACAAAAUAUUGGUUUGUUUCUGCUGGUGUUCUUAAAACGUGCUUCUGAAUUUGUUUAUUUUUCACCUUUAAAACAUCCUGAAAGACACUUAUGCAAUAUUCAUGGUAUGUACAUUCUAUAGUAUCAGACAAUACAACGUUCUCACAUGCUGUAUAGAAAACAUUAGAAUACAAAGAAAGAUCUACUUAUCUGUGCACAAAGAGGAAAGAAUCAAUGCAAGUGUUUUAAAUGUACAUUUAUCUGUGUAGAUUGUUUGAUUUGGGAACAAGCUGUAUUAAAAUAAUUUUUUUGAAUUGUAAAUAUAUGGUUUUAGUAAAUAAACUUAUGCGAAGGUU